AUGAUUGGAAUUAUACAAGAUAGUAGCAAAAACAUGAAGAAUAAAGAUUAUACAUUCGUGUCAAGUGGCAACUGCCUCUUCACAAAUCCAGUCGUCCUUCCAAGCAAACGAGUAUGCCGUACUCAGAAUUCUGUGUUAAAGGAUUGUGAGUCUGCUGGCGGACGUUUACUUUCAUGGCACUAUUUCACAACUAUAAGUCUAAUCAUCAUAACAUGGAUGGGUAGUGUUAAAGCCAAACCGAAUUAUAAAUCCUUUUUACAUACCAAAGAUUUAAAUAUUCACACAGACAGUAUUGACACUAGUCAAAAUGACUGGCAGUCGAAAAAUCUUAUUGUAGAACCCUGGGAACCCCUUACAAAACCAAUGGAAAAUGAACGGGAUAAAAUGGCCAUGGGAAGAGACGAAUGGAGUCAAGAGAAGAUGAUGCUGAACGACUUGAGACUACAGCAUCAGUCACACAAAUUAUAUUUCUUGAAUAGUGCUGGUGCACGAUGCAAUGACGGUUCACCAGCUGGUUAUUAUUAUCGUCCGGCGAAACAUACCACAGUGAAAAACUGGAUUGUAUUUCUUGAAGGUGGCUGGUAUUGUUUUGAUGCAGAAACCUGUUUUCUAAGAGAAUCCAAUGCCUUUUCAUUGUUCUCUUCAAAAUUUUGGCCUAAAACACGAUCACUUGGUGGAAUUCUCUCAUCUGAUUCAAAUGCAAAUCCGUAUUAUCAUGAGUACCACAGUGUUUUUAUUCCAUACUGUUCAAGUGAUUUAUGGACUGGUAAAAUGGCAAAUCAGAGUGGAGAUUUUUACUUUCAUGGUUCACGUAUAUUGGCAGCAGUUAUCGAUGAUCUACCUUGGCAUAAUGCAGCAUAUACAGAAAAGGUUGUAUUUUCAGGUUCCAGUGCCGGUGGGAUAGGCGUUCUAAUGAAUGUGGAUAGACUAGCUCGAAAAUUAUUCACUCGUAUUGGACACCCUGUUCUAGUAAGCGGAAUAAUAGAUUCCUCUUGGUUUAUUCACAUACCAGCCUAUCAAGAAAGUAAAUGUAUAAACGCAUUUGAAUGUCCACCUGAGGAAGGCAUUAAUCGAGGAAUGAAAUUCUGGAAUGCCAGAAUACCAAAACCUUGUCGUAAGGCACAUCCAAAAGGACAAAAGUGGAAAUGUUACCUGGCUCCAUUCAUGUAUCCACAUUUGAGAACUCCAGUGUAUAUUGUGCAAAGUUUAUUUGAUGAAGCUCAAAUGCAAAUGUCUAAAGUCCCAUUACUCACUGGUGGAACCUAUUCAAAAUGGGCGUAUAUACAAAAUUUAGGCAAAGAGGUAGCACGCAGUCUUCAGUCAGCAGGAGGUGUAUUUGCUCCUUCAUGUCUGGAUCACGAAAUUCUAACUAAAAAUAAUUGGGUCCACAAAAUGAUCGGGACAAUCAGCCUAGUGAAUGCAAUCAAAGCAUGGGAUGAUGAGUUGGAGAAACACUGGAUAAGACAAAAAUUGAUAUACUUUUCAAUGCGCUAUCCUAAUGCUCUAAUUAAAGCGCAACAGUGGAGCGCAAAUCAUCAAUCUACCGAUAUGAGUAAUCCCCUAGGAUCGGAGUCACAGGAAAGUGUUACAAAGGCAGCAACAGCUACAGAAACAACGACUACAAGUAAUUCAACUCUUGUAUUUUUAUCUCGACUCGUCAACUUACUAAACCAACAUCCUAGACGUCUUAAACGAAGUUCAACGAUCAGUUCCUUAGACGAUAUCAAACCAUCAAAUUUUAACUCAUUUAUCAUUGAAAAAUCAUACCCAUACGCACUAACAAUGACUAGACUAAGUCAGUCUAAGUUAACUCAAACAAUGAAAAAGCGCAAAAUACCACGGAAUCAUAUAAACUCAAUAUUUCGAAAAUAUUCAGCUUCUGCGACGUACCACGUAAUUGAUUCCUGUGGAUUAUUUUCAGUAGAUGGAAUCCAAGGUGCAUAUUUAUGCAGAAAUACACCUUUGGAGGUGUUGAAUAAAAGCAAAAAUGAUAACUUCAAUACUAGCAGUAGCACACAGUUGAAUUAUAUUGCUAAUAAUCCAAUAAAAUAUACUCCAGCCAUUGAUCAUUUAAUCCCACAAUGUAAUCCAACCUGCGGCUAUUUAUCAAAUCCGCAACGCAUGAAGUUAGUUGAUGUUUUGGCUCUAUAUGAGGUCAAUACAGACUUGCUAGCCAGCCUUCUUGGUUUGCCCACAUCAAAGCUAAGAAGUUAUGACUCAGAACAACAGAUGCGUGCUUUAUUUUGUGGGAACAAUCGGGUUAAACGUAACCUUAGUCGUCUUAUACUACCACAACUGUCUGUAUAGCACUAAUAACAUUAUUAAUAAUAAUUAAAAAUAAC